CUCUUUGCAUGUAUGAAUUCAUUUUUAUUUUUAUAAUAAGGCGGGAGUUCAUCCCGAGAUUUUAUUUUAAUUACAAGGAAAUAUGGAUAUAUUAAUUUCUAUGAAAUUUAAGCGAGAUCUGCUCCCGAACCUUUCCAUUGAAAACAGUGAAACAAAAUUACUACACGAGAUCCAAUCCACAAACCUACCGCUAAAAUCAGUCUCCUUAAUUUUCCAUCUUCGUUCCUUCCUAUUCCAUGUACACAGUACACCCUCUAAAACUGCACUCAGUAACACCCUCAUCUCCUUUUUCUCACCUCUGUUCCAGUUAGGAGCUACUUAGAUUUCUGGGUAGCCCUACAAUACAUGGGGAAAGAAGAGAUAUUUUUCAAUUUGGUGGCAGCAAUUCUCUAGACUUUACAAGAUCUCAUCAGCUGCUUAAUUUAUGCCCACACACAUAUAUUUUUUCCAUAUAUAUCUUCUCAUGCCCUUUUUGGUCUAGAUCUUUCAAUUUCCAGCUAAAAAUAGGAGAAUCAUCAUUCUGAUUCUUUAUUAAUCAGAAGAUAUUGACAAGUCAAUAAUUAUAGGCAAAGAUCCUGCAGAAGGAGCAAAUAGAUCAGUAACUUAAAUCAAACUCGGGCCUAAGCUGUACGUUAUAGUAUUCCCUUUACAUGACCUGCUAGGCAAACAGAAAAUCUGAAGAGAGGUGGGAAAAUAUGGCAUCGUCAUCAAAUUCUCCAUGUGCAGCCUGCAAGUUUCUGAGGCGGAAAUGCCAACCGGAAUGCGUUUUUGCUCCAUAUUUUCCACCGGAUCAGCCCCAAAAGUUUGCCAACGUGCACAAAGUGUUUGGGGCAAGCAAUGUCACAAAACUGCUAAACGAGUUGCACCCUUCCCAGCGUGAGGAUGCCGUCAAUUCCUUGGCAUAUGAGGCAGACAUGCGUCUCCGCGACCCAGUGUAUGGCUGCGUUGGUGUCAUCUCUCUCCUACAGCACCAACUGCGCCAGCUACAGAUGGAUCUCAGCUGUGCCAAAUCUGAACUUUCCAAAUAUCAGAACCUAGGUAUCACUGGCCAUGCUGGAUUAUUCGCUGCUGCGGCUGCGGCUGCCACGGCUACCACCCACAAUCAUCAUCACCACCCGCAGAACCUUGGGAUCAAUCUCAUCGGAGCAGGCAGUGGGGGAAGGGACCACCAUUACCACCACCAGUUCUUUCCCAGGGAGCAGCAGCAGAUGAUGAGGAGCUUUGAUGCUGCAAACAACUACGACGCAAGCCUUCUUGCCAUGAAUGUUUCUGCAAGUAUUGGACAGCUCAGUCAGUUCCAGCAGCCAAGGGCUGCAGCGGGAGAUGACCGCCGCACCAUUGAUCCCUCUUAGUUUCUUGUUUCCGGGCUGGACUUUGAAGGAUUGAGUGAAACUGAGAUAGAGGGCAAUUUUUAUCUUUCACUUAAUUAAACACCCGUUGCGUUGCAUAGACAAAUUUUGCCAUGUCUAGUUUACUUUUUCCCUUAUUCCAACUCUCUAAUCAUCUAGAAGAAAAAAAAAAAUA